CGAGGUCGCAGACCUACUGUUGAUUUCACACAUUCAUUUAGCCUAAAACACCUCAACUCUUCGGUCCAGUGGUUAUAAUUUAGAUAGGCACCUAAAAAAAAUAAAAUUUUAUUUUUCAGUUCAACAUGGAUUUGAUAUCUGAUCAAAACGAAAAAUUGAAAUACCCCAAGUCUUUAUGGUUUAUCGUACUUAAUGAAUUUUGCGAACGAUUUACGUAUUACGGACUGAGAACCGUCUUGGUUUUGUACCUGACAACAAUAUUGAAAUUUAAUGGUGAAGAUUCAACGAUAAUAUAUCAUAGUUUCAUAUUUUUUGCAUUCUUCAUGCCAUUGUUUGGUGCGAUCCUUGCUGACUCUUAUUGGGGAAAAUUCAAAACAAUUAUAUGUUUAUCAGUGGUGUACGUACUGGGGAGUAUUGUGCUUACCGGUGCUUCAAUGGCAGACAUGUUUAGCCUCAACAUUCAAAAAACUUUCACUUUACUCGGAUUAUUUUUCAUAUCCAUGGGUACAGGUGGUAUAAAACCAUGCAUUUUUACGUUUGGUGGCGAUCAAUUCCAGUUACCUCAACAAGAAAAACAACUACUGCGCUUCACUACCAAAUUUAUAAUCGCAAUAAACAUUGGCUCGUUAAUUUCGACGUUUCUGACACCCGAAUUGAGACAGAGCGUACAUUGUUUCGGUAAAGACACGUGUUUUCCGUUGGCUUUCGGUGUACCGGCCAUUCUUAUGUUGACUGCUAUAGCGAUUUUCUUAUGUGGAAAAAACAUGUACGUGAAGAAGAUACCGGAACACAACGUCAUCGCCAGGACAUUUGGUUGCAUUUUCUACGCGCUACGCACAAAGAUAACAUCACGGGUUCCUUGCCAAAACCACUGGCUAGAAAACGCAAAGGGAGUAUACACCGAAACAGAAAUAUCGGAUACGAAGUCAGCCUUGAAAGUGAUCACUGUGUUUGUGUCCUUUCCAAUAUUCUGGUCGCUAUACGAACAACAAGGUUCUCGGUGGACGUUACAAGCUACGCUGUUGAAUGGCUAUGUGGAUUUCUUAGACUGGACAAUAAAACCAGAUCAAAUGCAGACACUAGUGCCGUUGUUCGGACUGGCGUUUCUCGUUCUCUUCGACAUUGCUCUUUAUCCAUUGCUGACUAUGAUUGGCAUCCGAAAACCGUUACAAAAGCUUACGUUGGGCGGUGUAUUAGCCGUAGUAGCCUUUCUACUCGCAGCUCUAUUGCAGUUUAAAAUUUUUGUAAGACGUAAGCUUGAGUCUCUAUAUUUUUUUUUUAACUUAUCUCUGAUAUGGAUUUUAAAGGGAAAUACCACUGAAAUACCGCCUGGACAAGGACGUCUAAACAUUUAUAAUGGAUUCGAUUGCAAAGUAUUCGUACGAUCGAGAACAUUACACUUACAGAGUUAUAUUGAUCCACUCGAUAUGAUCAAUGUUACUCAUGCAGUCAUGUCUCGAAACGACGUAUUCAUCACAUUAGAAUUUGAACCCGAGUGCUCAUUUGUACCAGAAAAUUUUGAGUUCGAUACCACUGUGACGAUAAUUGAAGGAGAGGAAAGUUCUUAUCACUUGGUUUAUUUAAAUACAAACACAAUCAAAUUAAACCAAGUUGGAAUUCCUGAACAUUUAGUUAAAGAAAAAUUUGGGAACCCUAACUUAAGAAUUUUGAUCGACUACACUUUUAAUUUUGACGAUAAUAUCACAUUGACCAGUGUAGAUAAAAACUCGUUUACCUCGUAUCCUCUUUCUUUGUUUCGAGGGAUGAACUUUAAUGCCGUCAAGGUUGGGAAAUAUAAUUUGGUAUAUAACGGAAAACUAUUGUCCAUUCCACCUAUGGACAUAAUACCAGCUACAUUUUAUACACUUACUAUACAACGAAAUGGCGAUAAAAUGGAUGUACGAUUAUUUACCGAGCAUGAAGGGAACUAUAUUCACAUUCUAUGGCAGCUACCACAAUAUGUGUGUAUGAUUAUAGCUGACGUCAUAUUUGUGGUCACAACUACAGAAUUUUCGUUCACAGAGGCGCCGAUUAACAUGAAGUCUUUUAUAUCCGCUAUUAGUUUAUUCACAACAGCAUUGGGAAAUUUUUUGGUAGUAAUUAUAUCAUCUAUAUCAAUUAAAAAUCAGGUACACGAAUAUCUGCUUUACUCUGGGCUCAUGCUUGUUGACACGUUGUUAUUAGCCUAUUUCAGCGUAGUUUAUCAGAAUAAAAAUACAAACAUAACUGACGUAAUGACAAAAACUGAGAACAAAAAGGAAGAAAUUACUGUUUUCGACUGAUUACGGUUGUGUACGAUAAUUAAACCUGACUCAAUGAAUUAUAUUCAAAAUAGGAACACAUCGCUUUAAGACGUUUGAAAAUAUUAAGUUAUCACUAUAUAAU